CAAUAUGGCGGCAUACUGUUCCGAAAGGCACAUAUUUAAAAUUUAAACGAUUACAUUUUUUUUGCUAUCAUAAUGUUAAAUGCUUCAUUUAAUCUAAAUGAAGCGGCAUUUAAAUUAAAGGUGUCUCAUAAUCUUCCAGAGGUCUGUCCAAGUAUGAGAUUGAGAGCAUUUGGCCUCAACUGAACUAAAGUAACUUAGGAACAAGCUGCUUUAGAUUUUGUAUACAUUAAAAUAAAGAAUGUCUGCAAAUGCCAGUACUAAUGAGGCACCUGACAGUAACCAAAUCCGAAUUAGGGCCUUCCUUUCAAGUCAUUCAGAAUCAACUUCAGAUACACCAGAGGCUGACAGUUUUUUUGGAGACUAUGACACAUCUCUCUCUCCUGUCAGUGUUGAUGCAGAGACCAAGCCCCAGGUUUACUCACAAGACCCAGGCGAAAUAAACAUUCACCAGUUCUACCCCAUUCUAGAACAUUCCUUCAGCAGAAAACAGAUAGUCAAAGAAGACAGAAGCCUACUUGCCAUAGAAGAGGAGGACUCUAAAUUUGAUCACAGCGCUGAUGAGCUUGCUGAAGAAACUGACGAACAAAGUGAUGACAAUGAAGAUGUUGAGAAUGAUGAAGAUGCAGCAUUUGAUCAGGAACCCACUGACCCUACAGAGAACCAAGUUGACGCUGAAAAACAAGAAGGAGUUUUCACCACAGCCGUUGAUGAGGAAUCAAUCAAGGCGGCCAUAUUGAGAAGUCAGGGUUUGUUUACAGGAGGUGGCUACAGGGAGAAAGAGCAGAGUGUGGGACUUUGUGAGCUGGUUAAUGAGAAGGCUAAUGAGCACUUUCAAAACUCACUGGAUAAAGACAGAGACCCAGUCCGUGUCAUUGCCAGCCUGAACAAGGCCAUCAGCUUGAAGCCUGAUGACCCCGUGUUCUACGCACAGAGGGCUGAGGUGUACAUCAAGCUUUGUGAUUUCCAGUCAGGUAUCUUGAACUACAGGAAGGCUUGCCAGUUGGACCAGCAGAACCAAGAAUACUAUAACAGACUGGCCUUGACCUACUACUUUAAGGGUCAGGCAUUGUUUGACCUUGGUUUGUAUGAGCAGGCCAUGAGCUCAUUCACAAAAGCUUCAGAUAUGGUGCCAGGGAAUGUUGGAUAUCACAUUAGAAGCAUAACUUGCCUGGCAGCCUUGAACAGACACUCUGAAUGUCUGGCACUAGUCAACACUAGACUAGAGACAGACAGGAACAACCCUGACCUUUAUGUACUCAGAGCAAGGCUGCAUAAAUUGUUUAGGAAUAGCACCUUAUGUUUCUAUGAUGUCAAGAAUGCCCUUAACCUUGACCCUGACCACACUGAAGGUCGGGCCAUGAUGGACGCCAUGGUGAUGCAGGCCAACUCCAACAAGGCCGAGGCCAUGCAGCUCAACAUUGCUGGCAAACACAGGGAAGCUCUGCAGAGGAUUUCCAUAGCCAUAGAUAUUAACCCUACGGUGGCUGACUACCAUGUCCUCAGGGGAGCACUGUACCGCAAGCUGAAUGACUUCAACUCUGCUAUUGAUGAGUUCCUGAUGGCGCUAGACAAGGCUGACCACAACGAAGAUGACCCGGUGUACACAAAGUCCCAGAGACAGCUGCUGCUCACCUACAAUGACUUCGCUGUGGAGUGCUUCACCAAGGGCUUUUAUGAUGAGGCUAUCAUUUUACUCAACAAAGCAAUCAAGGGAGAGAAGAACGAGAAGUCACUCUAUGUAAACAGGGGAGAUUGUUUCUACAAACAAAAUGAACUCAGCUUUGCUCUAGAAGACUACGACCAAGCCUUGGAGCUGGACCCACAAGACAGCGCCAUAAAAACAAGAAUUGCUGCAAUACAUAAUGAAUUUGGUUCUAAUUUUCUUCAGGACAAAAAUUAUACUGAAGCAGAGGCUGAAUUCACCCUAGCCAUACAGAACAAACCACAUGAAGGACAGUAUUACAUAUCUCGGGCUCGCACACGCUACAUGCUAGAUAAUACAACAGGAGCCAAAGAAGAUCUCUUGCAUGGUCUUCUGCUAGCGCCAUCUAGUGAGGAACUCAUGUCAAUGAUGACACGACUCUUCCCUGGCAAAUCUGUUGCCGACAUCAUGAGUAGCCCGGCAGCUCUAGCAGUAAAAAACAGUCACUCAAAUCUCAGUGGACCUGCAGGUACAGAAAAUUCUGAGAUGCAAAGUCUGGCAUUUGUACCCAGCCACUCAGAGCCAGUGAAGAAAGCAGAGAAACAAACAUGGCAGCCAACAGAUGUAGGUGUGAUCUACAGUAUGUGUAUGGAAGAAAAAGAAUUCUAUGUGCAGCAAGUCAAUGAGAAGAAAAAGGUUGAACACAAGGUCAAGGAUGCUUUAAGGAACCGUAAAUCUUUGCGCUACAAUGGUGCCAGACUCCAGCCCCUGCCUCCACCAUUACCUAAACUGCUGAGCAGACAAAAUCCUGACCAACAAAAACUUAUCCCCUUGUCCACACAUGCCAAGAAGAAGAGCAGCACAAACUGGAGGACAUUCAGUCUGGGGGUUGGGGGGGUGUAAACAUUCAGCUUUCAUUGUGGGAGUCACAUUUUGUGUCAUUUGUUCUUGAAAGCAUUGUUCAGAUGAUUCACUGGAUGCCUUUUUUGGGCUGAUUCAAUAACAAACUGAACACUUCAUUACUCUGCAUUAUUUUUUCAUCAAAUUAAAGAGGACUUAACAGGUUAUUUCAGCGAUGUAGAGAAUAGUUCAAACGCUGGAGUUUUGGGCUGUUUUUAUUUAUUAAAAUGAGCAAUCCUUUGUUAUUGUUUUUAUUACUGUACAUUUUAUCUGA